AAAUGACCACUGAUUGCCUGGUGGACAUUUGAGCCGUUCUGACAAUUUCGCAAUUGCUGCUGGUCCGUUCCACACCCUCCUUUCUAUAGCCAUGACUGGAAUUCCUGACGUGAAAGAAUCCCAUUUACUAAAUGGAUAUUGUAGCUCGACACUGACUCCUAAAGGUAAAACGGAGUAGAAGAGUCGUGGUAACUAAAUAGUAGCAUCUAUUUCAGACGAAUGAUAGACCGGCAUUGAAAUCCGCGUCUUUCAAAGUUGUACCGGCUCUAUUUUCUACAAGGCUUAACCCUGGAGUUUACUUAGGAUAACGAUGAGUAAUUUCCAGAUCUCCCUUUUAAAACUGCCUCUUUUGGCCUUGAAAUAACUAGAGUUGGUAGAGCUUUUGCCGCUCUCUAUUUUCAUUCCAACUUAGUAAUAGGGUCCCCAUUCCCCGAUUUUUGGGGAUCUUGGAUUUGCCUUAUUUGAAGCUCAGGAUUCGGGAUUGUGAAGGAAAAUCGGGGUGAGAUUCGGGAUUGAAAGUAUGCGCUGGAGGUGGGAUGCCAAAAAUAACCCUUGGGAUUAAGGGGUUGCAUGAAAUUUUGAGUCGGGAUUGAAGAACCGUAUUGGGAACCCUCAAGUAACUAUCUCCUUUUCACGUGAGGGGAGGGGUAUAACCCAAAUUACGAGCGGUAGGAAGUGCCUAAGGACUGGGAAAAUCGAUUGUUAUAGUAAGGGUGCGAAUCACGUUAUCAUCCCAUUUGACAAAGCUUUGAACGAGGUAAAAUAAUACGGAUGAAGUUGGAAACAGCUCGAAUUUGCUUUUAAGGCAACUUUUUCGCUGCCUUCGCUGUCUUGUUUGCUGAAGCCUCCAACUAAACCUGGCGCGGAGAAUAUUAUUCCUUAUGCCAGAGUGUUCGUUAUGUACGAAUAAAUUAAACCAAAGCAACUACACUUAAAAAAGCGGCCGCUUCUUUUCGAAGUGGAUUGUGGAGUCGUACCUCGUACUCAGAAAAAUGCACUCGUUUUAAUUGCUUGCUUUCAAAAUCCAUUUUUUUGCAGCUGAUAACGACGAAUCAGACUUGAAGGAAGAACUCUAUGCCUGUAAAGAAGCCACAAGGAAAUUAUUGGAAAAAAUGAGAGAAUUUCAAGGUUAGUUCAGUUUACUUAGGUGCGCCAAUAUUACUGCGGGCACUCAACAGCCCCUCUCCCCCAUGAGACAAAGACCGUCACACCCUUGCUCUUUACGAACACUGUCUGGGUUCUUUAACGUCCUACAGAAUUUAUAUGUGUAAGGGUUGUGAGACGGGGUUUACGGGUUAUCGUUCUUGCAAAGUCUGACCGGUUGAAGAAUGUCUUUACUAAGGCAGCACUUUCUCCUCUUUUAGUUAAAGACACUUUUUUUUUUUUUGCGGCCAGGCUUUUAACCAGCGCUUCCCGCUCGGCAGACCGGCGCUUAACCGUACUGCGGUUAAACAACAACCCUGUCAUAUCUUUCACAAAAGAAGUCUCUGUCUUGUAUUCUAUUUUCUGGAUUGUUUCAUGAUCAGUGCUUGCCAAAAUUUAACUGCUCAACGACUAAGAGACGGACCAUUAGAAAAGUUAUGGGGGGUGUAAAGUGCAAAAUAAUAUCCAAGCAAGGGAAAAUUAACUAAAGAAAUAAGGGAGAUGUCAACACAAUAAAUUCACGCAGCUUCAAAACUCCCCACUCCUACCAUACAUUUAAGGCCAUUAACUUUCAAUUAGAAUUCAUCCGUCGGCUUCUGUCACUAAUAGUUUAUCGUCCAAUUUUUUUUAAUUUCUCGUCAUUUUGUAGCGGAGGUAGAGAAGAAUAUGGAGGAGCUGAAGAGAGAAUUCCAGAAUCUAACGCAGUCUACUAUGAAAGAACUCAAGGAGCUGAAGGAGCUUAGAGGUACAUGUAAGACGCAUGCCUUCCUAAGUCAGUAUUUUAAAUAUUGCUGUCUUCUUGGAUCUGCCGAACGUGAGGCAAGAUAAACCUCUUAGGCCCAGUUCAAACGUCGAAUUUUACAAUUGCCGAUUUUAAUUCGAGAAUUAACUGCCUGUGAGAUGCGACGUCUGAAUCAAUUAAAUUCGACAGUUUCAAAUCAAAUUCGACUUUGCCGAGUUGACUUAGGUUCGACAUUUAAUUCAGACGUCGCAUUUCACCGAUGAUGCAAUAAUCAUAGACACUAUUAUCCAUAUUGGAUAACAAUUUGUUUUAGAGACUGGGAAUAUUUACAACAAACGGACCAUUAUUUUUAUUUACUAUAUUAUUCAUUGUUUUAAUCAACUGCCAAGUUUAGUUACAGUCAAAGCUUUCCUUGCGACCACGUAAGCGACCACUUUCGUAAUGAAAAGCUCUUGUAAGGUGAUCGCUUACGAGAGCUUCGACUGUACUUUAGUCGACUAAAAUAGGAGUUAAAUUCGGCACUUGUGAAAUUCGACGUUUGAACCGGGCCUUAGGUUCAAGAAAGUCCUUGAAACGUUCCCCAUAAUUAUUUUAAAUAUGUACCUGUCAUAAUGUACUUUUUCAUGAGAUUAAAAAAGGGAUUUCGGUAAGAACAAUUAUGAAUAUAUGUUCCAAAACACUCUCUGUUUCUUUUAAAAUCGAAGCUUUAUUGGAAGAAAAUAAAAUGGAAUUGAAGCGAGUGUUGGCGGAGAAUGAUAAAGGGGACCCAUUUUUGGAAAAACGUAGAGGUACGUAUGUGACUAUUGGGCUCAUACAGGGCUUUUAAAGCUUAAUAUCAAUACACAAUAUGUAAGUUAAGAUAGAUAAAGCUCCAUUUAGAGCAACAUCCUUUGAAUUGAUCAACUAUCGUAACUGUAUUAGAUUCCUUCUAUGGACAUUUUCAAGCCAGACAAAUUUUAUACACCUCACUCCAAAGUACCCUAAGUUCUGAGACUUCUCGCUCCUCUUUCGUGUCCGAAAUGGCAUUCAAUGUUCGUGAUACUUAUUUCUGCACGAUCUCUAUUAAGGCAGACGACUGAAGUGUCCUGCAUACCCUCCGAAAACAUACAAGCUCACUCCGUCAAUAAUACGAUAAAUGUUCAUCCCCAUUUGGACUGUAAUAGUCUCAAGUCUCGAAAACAAAACACCAAACCCUACAAUCGAUUUUAACUUUAAUUUCAACGAGAUCUCACUGCUUUAUUAUUUCGAAAUUGCACAAGUCAAAACAGCCGACAACCCCACUUAACCUUAAAUACCCAACUAAUAUUGUAAGUUUCCGUUUUGGUUUAUUUUUUAUUGCAGCUUCAAGUGAUCAUGAAAGCGAUGUGGACAACACUAGACGUCCACUUUUUAAGAGGGUGAAAUGUAAGUUACACGUUACACCUGCUUUUAGUUGACUACCCUGGCUCAAGUGGUUCGUGCACUAAAUAGAGAGUUUUAGGCCAAGUCCACACUAUAACAGACAGCUUUUGCAACGGCACCGGAAAACCAUAUUUGGAUAGGGCUUUUGUUCACACAUAAGAAAGAUGAGUUCGGCGCGAUUUCUGAUCUGUAACGGAUCAAGAUCUUUAAAGUGGAGUGUCACAUAUCGGAGGGAGGAGGGGGAGGAGGGGUGGCAGUACAACACAGGCUAAUACCAUGUGAUGUUUUAUUUAUUUUUUAUUUAUUUAUUAUUAUUAUCAUUUGCAAUAAUGACAUUGAAAUACGAAAAAUACAGAAACAUACUAAAAGGGAAAGAGAACAAAAAAAAGUAAACGGAAAUUACUUACAUCAACAUACGUAAUACUACUUCACAAUAUCAUUGCUUACAAUUUACAUUAUUUACAUUGAGAUCACUUCGUGUGUAUAUACUAAAACAAUUAUUCUUCUCAAUCUCGGUGAAUAGUGGCUUUGGGAAUAUUUACCUCGCCGCUUUCGCGGCUCGGUAAAUAUUUGGCCACUAUUCACCUCGAUUUCAAAGAAUAAUUGUUAAUUAUUAACUUAAUUUAUAAGUUAAUUAUAAGUGAGAAGGAUAAGAGAGAUAAUAAUUUCUUCAAGUUAAUCUUCCCAUUUUCCAUUGUGUUUUUAAAUUAUUUAUAAAUUGCGUACAGUUAAUGGGCACCACAUUAAUUUUACAACUAGAUCUAGUCGGCGUCUCAGGUUAUCAUUUAUAGGACCAGGGAUAUAUAUCUGCAUCAGAAUUUGCUCAGGGGAAAGAUUAAUAAGAGUAUUGUGGGACACAUUAAACCAUGAUAAGAUUUCAUGAUAAAACUUUUUGUUUACUUGUGAGAAUGUAUGAAAGAAAGCAAAUUGAGCAGCACAAAGGACUUGUGCCAGAAAAAUUAGAAAAUACUCAACUCGUUAACCAAACGGAUUUGAUCCGCACGUAACUUGUAGCAAGACGAUAAUUCGACGGACGCAAAUCAAAGUUGCUUCUAUCCUGUCUCAUAUGAUUAUAUUCAUACUUUUCGGGAUAAACUGUCAAUCCAGACCUUAAAUGCUUGUGUCUCCAGAUCUCCGAAACAUUUGGUUGAAAUUAAAUUAGAAUUUAUUUCUUCUCUUCAGGUAUCUUUGGCUCGACCAAGAAAUCCAGAAAGGGGAAGAAGAAGAUGCAAGCCCUACCGCCGCAAGCGGCGACAGACCAACUUGCUUUAGUCGCACCGGAAGCGAAAACUAAGGACAAAGGUGUUUUUAUACCUCUGAUACUUACGUCGCAUGCUUUUGGUGUUGAAUGUUAAAAUGGCGGGGAAUCGUAUCAAAAUGAUAAUCAUUAUGACGUCAUGAUAUGCCAGCCUCUAGAGAUAAGAUACCAGUACCCCCCCCUCCUCCAGUAUCAACCACCCCAGCUCCUCCCCCCGGAUGAAAAAAAAUCGACCCGGUACCCACCCAAAUUAUAACAUGGGGAUGGCUUGUGACGCUAUAAGAACUCUCUCUGUCCCUCCGACUCGGUGCAUUUUGACAUUUAAACUCUUGUCAUUUUGACACGAAAAACGGUUUUUCUGGAAAAGGGCGGAGUAGUUGGUGGACUGUGAUGUUUGUCAAGAUGCCCACAGGCUCUCCCCUUCGCUCUUCCCAUUGUUUUUCGCCCGCUCGCUCUUUCACUGCUCGCCUGCUCUUCUCUCUCAUCUGCACUGAACAAGAGCCUGGAACAGACCAACUCGCCCAAAAAUUGCAAAAACUCAGCAGAAAAAGCGAGGGUGAUACCCUGCGAGCGCAGACUUAUUUCUGGUCGUCGCUUCUCUUCACAUGAAACGUAAAGAAAAGGGACGACCAAUAAUACGUCUGCCGGUUCGCAGGCUUCGGGCAUGAUGUCUGUUACCUAUGAACAAGCUGUUAGCGAUCAACGUGUACCAAACUAACUGAAUAUAAAAGCAUGACUGUAAUACGUUUUUUACAUUAUUCGAUGCAGAUGUGUCAAACACUGAACUUUUCACCGAGUCUGGAGCGGAAAGACGUCCUUCCAGGCGAAAGGGUAGCUCUGGAGAAGUGUCUGUUGUCAGCUUUGGGGCAAACAUUGGUAAGACUGAAGGCUUAACUUUUACAAAGUGAAAACCCAACAGACUGGAAUAAGCCGAGUAUUUUUCUUGUCAAAAGUUUACAAUAAGGUGUUUUCAUUAUUGAGAAAAAAGGUCUCCUUUCGGCUCCUUCUCACACCUGUCAUCAUCGUUACCUACUGUCCUCAUUCAGCUCAGAAAUAGCUGACGUUUUUGUCUUGAUCAUGGCUAGCUAUGCUUUAAUUAUCAAUCAAUGAUGAUGACUUUCUUUCUUUUAACAACUGUAUUUAUGUCCAACCUUUAUUGCGCUUCUAACAAUAAACCUUCAAAGUUUCAGGAAUCGCCUUUCCUCAUAGCAGAGCCAAAGGUUCAUUAAAAAGCUUGCCAGGCCUUCCAGUUAUGUACUAUUUCCCGGACGAAUUUAAGGUACGGUCUCAUAGCUAUUAACAGGGAACUUAACUGAGCAAAGACGACCACGACAGCAGUGAAGACGUUGCUAAAAAAUAAUUUUGCGUUCUUUAACUGACUUUGUUACGUCUACUGGACCCUUUUCAAUUUGUCAAAUGUCGGCGGUUUCUCCUGAAAUUGAAUCCUUAGGGACUUCAAAAGGAGAAGGGAAAAUUCGUCGUCCUGUGUUCUCAGACUUAUUAAUAAUUCACAAAGAAAAUACAAAGGAAAUUAAUGUUUAGUGAGUGUUUGGAAAUCAGAUUAAAAAACUGCUCAUUCUUUCAUCCUUAAUUUCUCCUUCUAAAAUCAUUUUGUUUGCGAAGUAAUAUCAAGCAUUCGACACAGUGUUUCAUCACCAGAUGAAACACAUCGAAGUUCGUCAAAAAUACUCCAUUGCGCGUCGUUUUUUCAACUAUCUUCUCGUUGUUUCAUCUGGUGAUGAAUUGCUGCGACUCGUGCUUGAUAUAUUACCUCACGUCCUUCAAGAAACAUCGCAGGAGGUUUCACGUCGUAGACGUACGGUAGACGUCAAAGAAAUGAAGUAAAAAGCGUGAUGCACGUGCAGAGCUGUUGUUUUGCUCAUAAAACCAAUUGUUUUUUGACGUUGUUUUUGUCGUCGUCCCUUAAGUUCUGUACGAGUGUGCUCGCUCAGGUUGGAGGAUCUAUCUGUAAUUUCAUUUAAAUUGUUGGCGAAGCAUUAUAAGCCUGUAUGAAGCAGUAUUAGCGUCUUAUCCUAAAUUCUAUUUUCAUUGUAAACUCUGUAUAUAUUCGAGCGAAAGUGUCUUCUCGAAUCUGGUGGCAUAGCGGAAUUUUAACCACUGAAACUGACACUCUAGAAAAUGAAAAGCUUUCUACCUACUAAAUUAGUUUGUUCUCGUAUCAGGGAAGAAAAUACGAAGAGCGCUUACAGGAAGCCCUAGGUUUCGUUCGUUUUCUCUUUGUCGCUCGCAACCCGCGCCCUUAAAUUUUUCCUCUUAGUCUUUCAAGAGUAAACGUUCUCGCCCGACCUUUCUUAUGACAAUGUAAAACCAGUCGUAUUAACAAUAGCGAAUAUUUCUUCGUUCUCUUGAACGUGGGGUUUGUGCGAAAUUUUUUUUGAUCAACUCAUGUUUGAUGAGACAAAAAUGUUCACAAAAUCAUCUAUAUUCGAGAGCCGUUAUCUCGUUGGAAUUGACAGGAUGAAUACAAUAUUAUCGAGAUAAUUUCUUUGGUGAGUAAUAUCUAUUGAGUUACCAUAAAAUAGGUGAUAUCUGUUCUGUUUUUCUUGUAGGAUUCAGAUCAAUUGGAUGAAUCAGAAGGCAAGUAAACUCACUGUUGGCACAAAAUCACUUUAAGCAAAAAAAGAGCGCCUUCAAUGUGCAUCAUAGCAUUUGCAUUCCAAACUAAAGAACGAGGGCAAAACGGAACUACUGCUUCUCUUAAGACGUUGCGGAUCAAUUUAGGUUUCCCACCUACCCCUCCCUUAAGUCAACAUUUUUCCCCAAGUGAGAAGUUAGUGUUAAUGUUGGCUUAGGGGAGGGGUAGGUGGGCAGUUUCCCAGAAACCUAAAUUGUUUCCGGCGUUGCUUGGACCUCGCUUAAAAAAGCGUACUGACAAAUUGAAAGAAUCAAUACUAGCCUUGGCGCUCUUUUAAGUAAGUAAGGAACAUGUAGAUCAUCUAACUGCCAAACAGUCGUGUAAACUCAUUUUCCGCAUUUUUCACCUUGUUUUCUUACGACAAGUUAAAAGAGGAAGAAAUUCUUAAUUCAUUUUUCUUUGAACUAAUUUAGGAUAUUUCCAUUCUCGUCAGUGGAGGUCGAAAAAUAGAAGCUGGCCGGAGAAACAUACGGUAAGGCCCUGUAAACAAAAUGUCGCCGAUAACUUAGUUCAAGAAGUAAGGACACUAUGUUAUGAGCUUUCAUGGCCACAUCCUCACUUGAUGCUAGACCUCUUUAGUGAGGAGGUUAGUGGUAUCAAAAGGCCCUGCUUGAAGAAGUUAAGUCGAUGCUAUGAGAGUGCUCAAAACAAUAUCUUGCAAACAGCCCACGGCUGAAAAAUGAUGCCUUUUGAGUGUGGUUUGAACUCAGUUAAUUUCAUUGACUGUACUUAAGGAGUUUCUUAUUACGAAAAAGAUUUGACCUAUAAACUAUAGACUACGAGCAGUUUCUGCUUUGCCGCCCACCGCUCGCGUGCGUACCACCCACUUUGUAUACGAAAUGUAACGAAAUGUACAGUUUAUACGGGAAUUAAGUUGUACGUCUUAUUUAGGACACGUUUUAUUUUUCCUCGUAUAAGUGACCCUACUAGUAUAUGUGCUUAUUUGCAUGUAAGAGUAUCGUGCUAAUCCAUAUUAAAGCUGUACUACAUUUUUCUAGUAUUAUAUUUUCAACUGAGGAGAUGAUUUACCCUUCAGUUUCAGGUGCUUGACCAAAUACCACAGAACGGGACAGAGGCCGGUAGGUUUCCACGCGACGAGAUCCUGUUACAACUUUAUGUAAUGUUUUUUUUUUUCACAAUCUCCUUUGUGCUGUCCAAUAAAGAGACAUUGCCUCAGAAAUGAAGUCUAUAUUCCAAUUCCUUUGAAAGAAGCAACAAAUGAACAUAAAUGUCGCCUUUUUUUCACUGUUAAAUUGCGUGCGUUCCGCCAUUUUGAAUAAUUAUGACGACAUUCUAUUGCUUAGAAACAGCCAUUGUUUACUGCGCCAGCGGCGACUACUUGACGUCACAUAUUUCAAAAUGUCUGUGGAGGGGGGGUUGUACGCUAAAACAUCAAUUUGUUUUAGGGGUAGAGUUUCCCUAAUGUGUGCUUUUCCUAGUGUUCCUUUGGAUGUAAUAUUUUGUGCUUGACCAUAUAACGUCCUUUUGUGACUGUUCAGGGGAAGAAGUUAUAUAUAGAUAGAGGCCCAAACGUUUUUUUUGUUUUGUUUUUUUCCAGAGCCGAUAAAUAUUACCAUGCAUCCUAAGUCUCAAACAGAAAAGGAAGGAGCAAGAGUAGAGUUCAAAUGCAAGGUUGACAAAAAGAAGGAAAAUGUGAUUUAUCAGUGGCGUAAGGAUGGCGUUGCAAUACCUGGAAAGAAUGACUCGACUCUUGUCCUGGAUGUAGUAGAGCUGCGUGAUUUUGGCAGUUAUACGUGCUACGUGAAAUAUCAGGAUUCAUUUAAUGAAGGCAAAGAGUCCAUCUGCGCAACACUGGAUGUUAUACCCCAGUCUCGAAAUGGAAUGAGUGAGUGAACUGAGGUCUAUGUUUCGAAAUGGGAGGGAAACUGGGACGAGUUAACUUUCGCAAUGGAUUCUGGGUCUGCAUCCCAGUAACGAUCCCACAGACAAUUGCGGGACACACUUCCGCUCCAGUCCCCUUCUCGUUGUGUAGCUACAUAAAAGAAGAACACCCGCGGCAACCUCGUCCCCAGGGCUUUUACCCAUUUUUUAAGGGAAAAGCCUCGGGGACGAGGUUGCACCCGCUGGUGUUAGCAAUCAGGAGAGUUGACUGUUCUUAUAUUUAACACCAGCCUUUCACCUCUUCUCUUUCAGGACCCAAACGUUUGCGUGAAUUGGAUAUUAACACGAGAGAUGAAAUUGCCCUGCUACUCCAAAAGAUAAAAUUUGGGCUAGGAGGUUUUAAGAAAGUAGCUGCUGAGUACGGCAUGACACAGGUCCAAAUAGGAGCGCUAGAGAAUUCCAGGGAACCCGGAAACGAUGUCUUGGAAUUUAUCGUGAUGUCAAAGCCUGACCUAACAGUUUAUAGCUUUUGCAAGACAUUAAAAGGAGACAAAUUUAAGAGGUGCGAUAUUGUAGGAAAGCUGGAGGACCACUUUUUGGUUCAAGAUGAAACAAACAACACGAAUUUUUUAAAGAAUUCUGAGUAGGAACAAUUUUCUGGAAAUAUCUUCUCUCCUCGUACUUAAAAAUUACCCCUUUUUGUUUCCUAGUGUCACUUUUCUUUCGUAAUGGAGUGGCUAAACUAUCUUUUUUAAUAUUGUGAUGCAAAUGUUGGAUGAAAAUGAUCAAAUAUUGAAAUCCAUUUAAGUACAAUGUUGAGAGAGACGAUAGUGUGCAUAACAAAAUGACAUUUCUUCGACUGCUUUUUAUAUAUUAAAAUAUACGUAUGGUUGACGGAAGAAAACAAGUAACUACAUAAGUAUCCCUACAAGCCUGUUUCGUGGUUGCCCACUCAUCAGGGGAUUUUAAUGAGAAUAACUUUACCAUUACUUAUAUACUAGACUGAUUUACAUAAUUUAUUCAGUGCGAGGUUCGUUACAUCAGUUGUUGCGCAAGAGGGCUUUGUUUCUGUGGCGGCAGGAAGACACGAGUUCAUUACGUUUGUUAAGUGUAGAGAGUUCAGGUCGGCAGAUGAUAAGGAAUUUUUCUUUAAGACAUAAGUUGCAUCGUUUGCUUGAGCUGUUGUACGGCAGGUGUGAAGAUAGAAUGCGCCAGGCGAUAGAGUAGUUGAUGUUGUUUUCUUUAAGAGUCCAGACGUGUUUGCUGAGUUCAGUGGAGUUUCUGUUCUUUGCGUGACGGAAUGAUGACAUGUGGUUGCUGUAUCUUGUUUUGAAGUCGUUCGCAGUAAGCCCGAUGUACGUUUCUGUCGUGUUGGUGUCUUUUCGUGUGACAGUAGCUUGGUAGAUGACAGCAGGCUGAAGGCAGUUCCCGUUGAGCGGGC